AUGGGUCUAUACGCUUCUAAGUUAUUCAGCAAUCUUUUUGGCAACAAAGAGAUGCGUAUACUUAUGGUUGGUCUAGAUGGUGCCGGUAAGACCACCGUUUUGUACAAGUUGAAGUUGGGCGAAGUUAUCACUACCAUUCCAACCAUUGGUUUCAACGUUGAGACUGUCCAAUAUAAGAACAUUUCCUUCACUGUCUGGGACGUCGGUGGACAAGACAGGAUUAGAUCUUUAUGGAGACACUACUACAGAAACACCGAAGGUGUUAUUUUUGUCAUCGAUUCCAACGAUAGAUCGCGUAUUGGUGAAGCCAGAGAAGUCAUGCAGAGAAUGCUGAAUGAAGAUGAAUUGAGAAAUGCUGUCUGGUUAGUCUUCGCUAACAAACAAGAUUUGCCAGAAGCCAUGUCUGCUGCUGAAAUCACCGAAAAAUUAGGUUUACAUUCUAUUAGAAACCGUCCAUGGUUUAUCCAGUCUACUUGUGCAACCUCGGGUGAAGGUCUGUACGAAGGUCUGGAGUGGUUAAGCAACAACUUGAAGAAUCAAUCCUAA